AUGAAGUACUUGGGACGGCUCUAUUAUUGUCAAGUGAUGAAUCCGGCGGCAAGUGGGAAGAUAUCCUACAACGAAGCUCGAGUCAUCGCCAAGUGGUUUUUGCCGGGAGAAGGGCAACGAGAAGGCGGGGUGCUUCCGUGGUCGAAGGCGGAUGGCCAACAAGAACCCAAAGCUAUAAAGUUGCAGCUUAUCUCUAUAUCAUUGUCCAUCGAAAGGAUUGCCAAAUCAGCCCUCCACGAGCUGUUGGCAAUCGUCGACCCGAGCCUCCAAAAUUUGUCCAAGUUCGGGAAGUAG